AUGAGCCCCGACAAUGGCCUGCAAGAGCAACUGGUGCCAGACCAGAGAGCAGUGUCCGACAAAGCGACGUGCCCAGAAGCUGCGGAUGGCGCCAUCGCCCUCAAUGGAUGUGGACGAAAGACCGAGGGUCAAGAUGGCGGUUGGCCGGCAUACCGCGUGUUGCUGGCGGUCACCGUGAUAUCUGCCGUACCUCUUGGCAUCAUCCUCUCCUACGGCGUAUUCAAUGCUCACUACCAGGAUAUCUAUUCAUCGGCCGACGAUGCAGUUUGGAUCGGUGUCGUGUCGAACGGCAUCACAUUCCUACUCAUGCCGCCUUUGAUAUACGUGUAUACAACAGUCUGCCGGCGGCAACCGCUCAUACACUUCGUCUGGAUUGGCUGGCUUGUCACAGGAAUCAGCUUGCUCGGCGCCGCAUUCUCCACCACAAUCAACGCACUCGUUGUCACACAAGGACUUCUUUUGGGUCUCGGAGUCCUACUAUGCGAAAGUCCCAUGCUGCAAAUCCUGAAUACCUGGUUUGUGAGCAAGCGCGGUCUGGCAUACGGCAUAUACUGGGGAGCUGGUGAUACCUUGGCCGUUGGUAUCUCCUUCUUGGCAGACUAUUUGCUCGGCUCCCUUGGCACAAGACCGACGUUCCUCAUCUUCUGCGGGUUUCGCCUCCCAGCAGCGCCGCCGCCCGUCACGGUGGCUAGGUGUUCGGUCGCGUUCUUCAAGCAUCCGCUGUUCUAUCUCUUGCUGAGCGCAUCGCUCUUCCAUGCCCUGUGCUUCUACAUUCCACAGAUCUACCUCUCAACCUUCGCCAUCGAGAUCUUAGCUCUACCAGCCUACUCACGACCGCUACUCACCGCACUACAGAACGUUGCUGCCAUCGUGGGCCAACUCUCAUUCGGAUGGCUAUCCGACAUCACGUCACUGCAUAUCCUGGUCAUUACUUCGUCCGGCACCUGUGCCGUCGCAGCAAUCACACUUUGGGGAUGCACGUCUCUCACUGGGACUCCGUCGAGCCAGCUAGCGAUCUUGUGCAUCUUCGCUAUCGUCUUCGGGGUAUUGAGUUCGGGCAUGAUGAGUUUGUGGGCGCGGAUGGGCUUGUGCUUCAGCUCAUCCCAACAACAAGCAGGACCCGACGACAUUGUCGAUCAUACGCAGCCUGAGGACGAACAGCACAACAACAAACACAGCGUCCCUGCAACAAGCCAAGUCAAUAGCGACUGCUCGCAGCUAGUCUUCGGCUGGCUUAAUGCCUCACGCGGUCUGGGCAUACUGGUCAGCGGACCUUUGAGCAAAGCUCUCCUGAAUGGCCAUCAAGACAGGCCGGUCAGCACUAACAGCGCCACAUUCGGCGCAGGCCGACAUUGGCAGCGGGUGGUGAUUUUUGUGGCAUGUAUGAUGGCCGCGAGUGCAAUAGCAGGCUUGGCUGCGUGGGCAAUUGAUCGCAGGGAGAGAAGGGGCCGCCCCAGGAAGCGGUAG